AUGAUUUCUCUUGAUCAGUUGAUGGAUGGCUCUCAUCAGAGUAGCGAACCAUUGAUGAAAUUGUCUUCCGAUAAUUGGUUGGAAAUUUGUAGAUAUUUAAAUCCAUGUGAUGUGUUUAGAAUUUCACAGGUAAAUUGUGAAUUGUAUGAAAAGUUUCUUCCAUUUGAUGAAGUUUCUCCUUUUGAGUGGACUGUACAAUUGAUACAGGAUUGUAUCACUUUACAUUUUCGUAAAACUAUCCAAAUUAAACUAUUUACUAUUGAAGAGGAAGAAUUAUUAGAAAGGAUGGCUAAUGGAAAAAUUGCAAAUCGGAGGGAAUUAAUUCAAUGUUUGAAAUUAUAUUUAAAAUUUAAUUUUUUACUUUUGAAUAGGAAUAGAGGUCACGAUUGGGAAUUUAUUAUUAAAUUUACUGUCAAAUCAAUGAUUGGGAAAGAUGAAACUAGUUUAGAAUUGGAACUGAAAUGUUAUCACAAGUUGAUAGAUUAUUUGAGGAAUAAUUACAUCAAUGAGAAAUAUUUAUGUGAUUGUGAUUUAUAUGACGAUCGUUAUAGGUGUGAUAAGGGAAAUAAUUUUACAAUUUUUGAAAUUUCAAAAUCGAAAUCUUCUAUUAGUAUGCCACCAAUAACAUGUAAUUAUGAAACUUGUGCCGAAAAUUAUAAUAGAAUUCAACCAUACUAUGAUAAGGAUACUGUCUAUGGUGUAAUUAUUCAAAAUGCAUUGAAUAAGAGGUUUUUACAUAGUGACUUUUCAACUCGACUUGUCUCCAGACAAUUAUUUGAAUUUCAGAAUAGAAAGGUUGUGUUGAGAUUGAAGAAAUUGAAUGAUUUCAUUACACCAGUUUACCCCCUAAUCAAUCCAACUUAUGAAUAUUGCCACAUGCCAUCAUCCAUUCAUAUUACAUGCGAACCAUUUGAUUUACAAAUUUCCUUUCCAAUGAAAACUCUUCUUUCGUACAGAAUUCUUAAAAGUAUUACCAAGGAUUUGACUUUCUCAUUUGCAAUCCUUACCUACAUUUAUUGUAAUUACAAAGUAUUUGGAUUUUCAUCAUUUUAUCAUACCUAUUCACAAUAUACCAAUCUGUUUACAAAUACAAUGGCUGACUAUUCACUAUUCAUGAAAGUAUUGGGAUGUAUGGGAAUGACACUAUUCACUCUAUUUUUUUCAUUUUGUGUGGCCGCGUCAUUAGGAGGAGUAGUUCACUUUGUUGGAAAAUAUACAGAUCAUGGCUUUGCUUUAUAUUGGCUAUUUAUUCUUUCGAAUAUAGUUCUGUAUUUUAUGAAUAUUGAGGUAUUUAAAGGGGUGUAUCCAGCUCCUCUCACAUCCAUUCAUGUGUACUGGCCUUCUGUAGAAUUAUUUCAUAAUUUUUUGCUGUACUUUAUUGAAUUUCCAAACACCCUUCUAUUUAUUAAGCAGGCCACUUUUUGGUCAUCCCAUUUCUUUUCCGAAUCAAUUUCAAAAGUUUGCAAAUGGUUUAAUAAUUUAAAAAAGAAAAUUUGGUCAACUUGA